AUGGUCAAAGAAGACAAGGUCUUCGGCCACAACGAUGCUAUAUACGAUACCGUGCCAAAAGAAGACCAGCUAUUUAGCAUCGAGUUCCUUGAAAUUGCCCCGACGCCUAUUCUCGCCGACCGCGUCUUUUUUGUCUACCUACGUGGCGAUCUAUAUGAAUCCAAAACGAAGGGACUAGGACUCUCUGAUAAGGGCCUUAUUGAUGCAACCCUCCCUGUGAACAGCUCUGCUGUCUACCGAGAUGGUAGCUACCUAGAACCAAAGUCCCUUACAAUGCCGUUAAAAACUGUUCUCAUUAAUGAUGCAGCCCAUUUCAUCAUUCGCGAUUCCACGGGCGCUCAGGUUGACUACCUACCUAGUAGCGGCCGCGGUGAUAUAUUGCUAGAUUUCCAGAUUCCUUCAAUGUUUUUGAAGAGCGACGGGGGCUUUGAGAAGUAG